UUUCAUAUUGAGAGAAAAAGAAGGGUAUAAUAAUAAUAAGAAUCAAAUGUAGGUAGAAAAAAAAAAAAAAAAAGGAAACGAAAUAGCUGGAGCCUGACUAGUACUAGUAUCGCUCCACGAGCCGUACGUUGCCCAACUGCCUUUUUUCUUCAGAGAACUCUUUUUUUUUCUUUAUCCACACUCUCUCGCCGUCUCCGGCGCCGGUGCUCUGCUCCGAUCACCUCCGCCUCAUUCAAUCUCUCUUCAUACUCUGAGUUUUGAUCAAAUUAGUGUUGAUGAACACGUAAGAAUCGGGAAGUGAAAAGAGAGAGAGAAUGGGACAUUGAAGAAUAAUAAGAAGAAAUAGAGAUUUGAGGAAGAGAGAGAGAAUGGCUCCUGUGAGUAAAGCGGAUAAGAAGACAGCAGCAGAUGCUGGGGCUUGGAUGUUCAAUGUCGUCACUUCUGUUGGUAUCAUCAUUGUCAAUAAAGCUUUAAUGGCCACUUACGGUUAUAGCUUUGCUACAACCUUAACCGGUUUACAUUUUGCUUUCACAACUCUCAUGACCAUUGUUCUAAGAUGUCUUGGUUACAUUCAGCCUUCUCAUCUUCCCUUUACCGAGCUUCUCAGAUUUGUUUUCUUUGCCAACUUCUCCAUCGUUGGAAUGAACGUCAGUCUUAUGUGGAACUCUGUUGGUUUUUAUCAGAUUGCAAAGCUCAGCAUGAUUCCUGUAUCCUGCUUGUUGGAGAUGGUGUUAGAUAAGAUCCGUUACUCCAGACACACCAAGCUUAGCAUAGGACUUGUUCUUGUUGGUGUUGGUGUCUGCACUGUCACUGAUGUUAGUGUCAAUAGCAAAGGCUUUCUAGCCGCUUUUGUUGCCGUCUGGAGUACUUCUCUCCAACAAUACUAUGUACAUUACCUUCAGCGCAAGUACUCCCUUAGCUCAUUCAACCUAUUGGGACAUACCGCUCCAGCCCAAGCCGCAACAUUGCUGGUUGUUGGUCCAUUUCUUGAUUAUUGGCUCACAGAAAAAAGAGUUGACAUGUACGACUACAACUUGGUCUCCGUGCUGUUUAUAACCCUCUCGUGCACAAUAGCAAUCGGGACCAACCUAAGCCAGUUCAUAUGCAUCGGGAGAUUCACAGCGGUGUCAUUUCAAGUCCUGGGACACAUGAAGACAAUCCUGGUGCUGGUGAUGGGAUUUUUCUUCUUUGGUAGAGAAGGUCUGAACUUGCAUGUGGUUAUUGGAAUGGUUAUUGCAGUACUUGGUAUGAUCUGGUACGGUAAUGCCUCUUCCAAGCCAGGAGGCAAAGAGCGAAGAAGCUAUUCUCUUCCAACUACUCGUCAACAGAAGCUUGGAGCUGCUUCGGAUUCUGAUGACAACGAAGACAAAGCCUAGUAGUAGUAUUAAGUAGUAAAUGAUCAGGAACAUCACAUAGCUACCACAUCUCUGUUUUGAUUUAUGGUCUUAUGAUCCUCCCAGACGUUUGAGAUUGUUUUGUAAUGUUUUUUCUCGGAAUCAUUGUUUACAAUUGUAUCAACCCAUAAUAUAUGAGAUUUCUUUUUAAUAA